AUGUCUACAACGCAGUGGUCGAUCUAUUAUCCGACUGAACCAGUAACCGAUAUGUCGGAAGCUUGGAUUAGCGAGGAUAUCAGUGAAACCAUUCGAUCUGAGAACGCUGAAACACAGGAAACAAUAGAAAGUUCAAGCUCGGCCUCUCAAAAACCACACCCUCCGACUUUGACAGACAGCCAAACUGCAGAUCAAUCGUUGAUUAGUGAACGAAAUCCUUCUGACAUUCCAACUGAAACACAGGAUUCUAAUUCGCCGAUGACCACCAGCUUUACAUAUAGCCUAUUUAGUGAAGAAGAAAGCCCGCUAACUGAAGAAAGUUUGGACAGUUCAAGUGAAGAUAUGCUGCCUGAAUCUGAGUCUAGGGAUGUGACAGAGUCCAAAAGCAUAGAUUCAACGAUGGCUAACACACAACAGUUUACCUCUAAUCCGACUGAACCAGCAGCCCGUAUGCCGGCAACAUGGAUUAGCGAGGAUACCAGUGAAGCCAACCAAUCCGGUAACGUUGAAACACGGGAACCAAUGGAAAGUUCAAGCUCGACAGCCACCCAAAAGUCACAAUCUUUGAUUUUGACAGACACACAAACUGCAGAUCCCGCGUUGCACAAUGCACCAAAUCCCUCAGACACUCCAGCCGAAACACCAUACCAUAUAACCGAUAUGUCGGAAGCUUGGAUUAGCGAGGAUAUCAGUGAAACCAUUCGAUCUGAGAACGCUGAAACACAGGAAACAAUAGAAAGUUCAAGCUCGGCCUCUCAAAAACCACACCCUCCGACUUUGACAGACAGCCAAACUGCAGAUCAAUCGUUGAUUAGUGAACGAAAUCCUUCUGACAUUCCAACUGAAACACAGGAUUCUAAUUCGCCGAUGACCACCAGCUUUACAUAUAGCCUAUUUAGUGAAGAAGAAAGCCCGCUAACUGAAGAAAGUUUGGACAGUUCAAGUGAAGAUAUGCUGCCUGAAUCUGAGUCUAGGGAUGUGACAGAGUCCAAAAGCAUAGAUUCAACGAUGGCUAACACACAACAGUUUACCUCUAAUCCGACUGAACCAGCAGCCCGUAUGCCGGCAACAUGGAUUAGCGAGGAUACCAGUGAAGCCAACCAAUCCGGUAACGUUGAAACACGGGAACCAAUGGAAAGUUCAAGCUCGACAGCCACCCAAAAAUCACAAUCUUUGAUUUUGACAGACACACAAACUGCAGAUCCCGCGUUGCACAAUGCACCAAAUCCCUCAGACACUCCAGCCGAAACACCAUACCAUAGUUUGCCGAUAACAACUGCCACUAACCACAGCAUUACGGAUUGUAGUGCGAUCGUGUCAUUAAAGGCGGCGGUCUUUGACGUAAUAACACUGUUAUCCAAACAUCGACGUUUUAAGAAAAUGUGUAUUCAUUUGACAAGUUGUUCGGUAAUUGAUCAGGUGGCUGUUGAUCAGUUCGCCGAGCUUGGCAAUUGGUUUGCAAACGUUUCGUCACCAAUCGAGGAGACAUCUUCAGUGCGCUGUUGGUUGGGUAGUUCCUCUCUUCGUGCCUGCGUUUAUAUAGUCUACAAAGAGCAGCCUUUGCGCUUGAGCACCAUUAACGAAGGAUUUGGCUUGAAUUCUAGGAACGCGGAUCCAAAGGCGCUUCGUCCCGAGCACUCCGGACUUUCACAAAUUGAGCCAGUUCUACUUCAUAGUGAAGAAUGUGGCAACGACUCAUCUGCUGAUGUUGUGGCAGACAAAUCUGAGAACAAUUUUAGUUCUCGUUCUGCAUCUGGGGGAGAUCGUGAAGAAGAACACGGUGGACUCUUAUCUAUAUCCAAAUAUAUGCUACCGGUUGUUCCUAAAACCAACGAUUCAAACAUCACUCUGCACGAUUUCAAGGCAGAAUUUGCGAUAAGACCUAUAAUCGAUGGUUCAGGCUUGCCACCACUUCAGCUGACUAGAUUCGUAGCUGGUCUUAUGGAACCACUUACGGGGAAUCCAAGCAUUAAGACGCGACCAGACAAUAAAAUAUCAUAUAUGAGAAGGACGUCUGAGAAGGACGUCUUCCCAAAGUCAUUGUUGCCACCACACCAUCAGGAUAGCACGUGCGAUGGCGAAGCUCAUGAAACACAGCUCAGCAACGUAAAGCCAGUUGAGUGGGGCACCAAUUACUGA